CCACAGUUCACUAGCCAGUACUAGCUGUUCCUGUUUGCAUAGCAGUUCAUCUUUCACGUCUAUUCUUGUGUCACUCCAAUUUACUCUCCAGUACAACAUCUAAUCAGAAAUGGCACGUACAAAGCAGACCGCUCGUAAGUCGACGGGAGGAAAAGCCCCUAGAAAGCAAUUGGCUACCAAAGCAGCUCGUAAGAGUGCCCCCUCAACCGGAGGUGUCAAGAAACCCCAUCGUUACAGGCCUGGUACUGUAGCUCUUCGUGAGAUCAGGAGAUACCAAAAGUCAACGGAGUUGCUCAUCAGGAAGCUCCCCUUCCAACGUUUGGUUCGUGAGAUUGCUCAGGAUUUCAAGACCGAUUUACGUUUCCAGAGUGCAGCCAUUGGUGCACUUCAAGAAGCCUCUGAAGCAUACCUGGUUGGUCUCUUCGAAGACACCAACUUGUGUGCAAUUCAUGCCAAACGUGUCACCAUCAUGCCCAAGGACAUCCAGUUGGCUCGCAGAAUCCGUGGUGAACGAGCCUAAAUUCACAAAACUUGGCGUCUGACUUAUUCGGGGAAUUCUCACGUCAUCAUUAUGAUAAUUAUUUUCCAUCAUUUCGUUUUGUUCUCAUGUGUUUAUUCGAAACGUUUCACGAGUUACCUUUAAAUUCUUAUAUUUCCUUUCUCGAAUCGUUAAAUUUCUAACUUUAAAAAUGAUCGUCACUGCCAAGCAUUUAAGACCGGCACAUCAUACAGCAAAUAUUAACAUUAUUGUUAGAUGAAAGGAAACCAGUAAAACUAAUGAUAACGAGAAGCCACUUCAUAAUAUUUGAUAAAAAAAACAAAUGGUCCUGGGCGUUGCAUUGACAACAUUAAUUUAUGUUUAAUUAAUGCUGGCUAUGGAACCGUAGAUGAUCCAAUAAAAUUGUUGCUUGUAUCGAAUAAUUAUGAAUUUGACUCCAUCGCAUCGCAAUGCAAGUGUAUUCACCGAGAUUUUAAAAUAUAAGACAAAAUUAGAUAAAAUUUUCACUUUUUCUAUUUGACAAAUUCGAUAACUGUUAUGACAAAGGUAACAUGUCCUUGCAUUGUGAUGCUUUUUUUAGUCCAAAAAAUUAUCGCAGAAUGAAAAAUGAAAAUAUUCAUUCAAAACUGCUCUUAUGUACAAGUAGAGUAAAUUUAGUGUUAGGGAAUUUUACUAGACAAAGAGAACUAGAAUUAGAUUAAUUGAUACGUAAACGUAACACGAUAUUUCACUACCUUUAAAAUUAUUCAAAUUAUGUUCAGCAAGGAAAUCAGUAGUGUAACAUCAGCAAUAUUAUAUUUUCUUUAACAAUUUCAUUAAAUUCAGAAUUUAUUGCAGUAAAAAUUGACAGGUUUUAUACAUGUCACACUAUACAUAUGCUAUUCUCUAUUUCGCAAACAUGUAAAAGUACGGAUUAUAUGUUAGCAACUAUCAAUAAACCGUGUAUAUUCUAUAACGAUUCAUAUAAUCGCAAUAAAAAUCAAUAGACAUGAAA